CACAGACAGACGCCUUCCUUCUCUCUCCGUGACGCAUCGAUCAAGUCGACUGCAACGGUACUCACAGUGACCAUGUCUGGAACCGCAAAGCACCUUGCCAGCUGCAUCUUCUGCAAGAUCAUCAAGGGCGAAAUCCCGAGUCUCAAGCUCCUUGAGACCGAGUUGAGCUACGCCUUCCUGGACAUCAACCCGCUGUCGACGGGGCAUGCGCUCGUUAUCCCGAAGUACCACGCCGCCAAGCUGCACGAGCUGCCCGACGAGUACCUCGCUGACGCUAUGCCUGUCGCGAAGAAGAUUGCCGUCGCGCUAGGCGCCGAGAACUACAACAUCCUGCAGAACAACGGGCGCAUUGCGCACCAGGUCGUCGACCACGUCCACUUCCACGUGAUCCCCAAGCCCGGUACUGAGGACGGCAAGCCCAAGGACGACGCGGGGCUCGUGAUCGGGUGGCCGCAGCAGACGGUGACGAAGGAGGAGCUGGCGAAGGUGGCGGAGGAGGUGAAGGGGAAGCUGUGAGGGGCUGGACGGGGUAGGAGUGGGAGGAGGGGGUUAUGCGGGUGGAAGAAGGGGGGGAGGAGGGG